CCAUUAAUCUGCUCGAAACACUGACUGUUACUGAUUUCUAGGUGCAUCUGAUCAGAUUGAACGAUGGAUAUACCCAUCAGUUAAUGAACGAGGAAAGACUUGGACGAUCAAACGAUUCCUCUCGAUCAGAUAGCUCCAUCAAAGCUGUCGUUUUUCACAUUCUCGGCGAUAUGUGCUCGCCUGCAUUUCCUCUUUAUUUUUGCCGCAGUCAGAAAUAAUUCCAGCUCGAGGCAGCGAUCGCGCGCACUGUCUGUCUGCCUUCACACCUCUCGCGUCAUAAACUGGACACUACUGUCUGUGUUUUUUUAAUUUAUUUUUUUUAUGGUAUGUGCAUCUUCGUAUCGAUGUUUCUUUGAUCUUUGACUGGCAGACUUUUCUCCUGAUCAGAAAUCGAGCUAAUCUUGUUUGGUUUUUCGAUGCUGGUUCGCAUGCAGAGCUGGUUGAUUACAUGUUUUCUAACACGGAUUCGCUCAAAUAUAAUAUAAUGGUGAGCCAGUAAUACUGUCACCCAUUUGGCUGCCAGUCAAGUAGAGCAAAGGCCGUGCGAGGCAGUGAAAGGCCAGAGGGAAAAGACAAAUACUGAGUCUUUGUGCCAAGGUUUGUGCUCCCGUCACUGCUGGUCACCCAUCGAUUCCUGGCUGCCCUCCACCUCUGAUCACAACCAUGACCUCUUCCAGAGACCCAGACACAGUGAAUCUAAGGCUCAUCCUUGUGAGUGGGAAGACACAGGAUUUCACUUUCUCUCCCAAUGAUUCUGCCACAGACAUUGCCCACCAUGUCUUUGAAAACUGGCCAGCAGGAUGGGAGGAGGAGAGUGUGAGCAGUCCCAACAUCCUGAGGCUGAUCUUCCAGGGCCGGUUUCUACAUGGCAAUGUCACAUUAGGAGCUUUGAAGUUGCCCCCUGGCCGAACAACUGUCAUGCACUUGGUUGCCAGAGAGACACUGCCAGAGCCAAACUCCCAUGGCCAGAGGAACAGAGAGAAGACUACAGAGAGCAGCUGCUGUCUACUGCUGUAAAAUACAGAGAAAAACCUUUCCCACCUCCCACCACCACCUCCUCCUCCCUUCCACUCUCUCUGCUCACCAACCCAUGUGCAUUCUGGUUGAUUACAGAAGAGCUCCAGGGAGAGUGCAACUAGGUUUUCAUUCAGUCUAUUUUCUCUGUACAGUAGCUUGGGACUCAUUGAUCAGUUCUGAUAUGUUUGCCUUGGUUUUCUUAUUUUCAUUUUGUUUUGUUGCCAAAGUUGCUUAGUAAAAUCACCACCAUUUGUUUACAGACCUUCACUAAAAAUAUAAAACUGUGGAAAUAUAAAGUACCUGAAUCAUUGAAAGGAAAUUAUGUAAACAGAGGUGUGAACAGGUUUUUGGGGGAUGUCCUGUACUUGAGAGACCUUCUGCUCUCCUAACACCCUUUUUUUCUCGCUGAAGUGUCAGUUUUCACUUGGCGUCACAUGUGGGACUCAGUCGAAGAUUAACAUGCAUCAUAAUCUCGGACUUUUGAUUGCACUUAACACGGAUCCUUAUCUGUCCACUAUAUGUGUGUGUGUUAUAGUCUUAAUCCUCCCAUCCUGCCUCAAACAGAAGGAGCUUAUGGAGAGAAGUGUAAUAAACGCAAGCACCAGUACGAAGCUUGGUCUGUUGCUUUGUACUGAUGGAGCGCUUGUGAAUUUGACUGUGUGCCAUAGCCACCUACUUGUUUGCCUUUGUCCUAGGACCAAUCAAAAGCAGAUGUGCAUGACCCUAGUCUAGUGUUUCCUCACCCUGGGUGUGUACCAGCCUUCUUUGAAAACCAUUCACCCUGUGUCUACUUGAAUAGAAUAUUUUUGUUCCUCGUCUCAGCUGAAGAAGCAUGAGGGAAGUUUGGAGAAUUGUGCUUUAUGUAAAAUGACACAAACUCAUCGUUUUGCCAAGUCAGGAUGUCAUCUGUAUCCUCAGUCAUCUAGACACAUCUAAUGUUCUGUCUUAAUGCUCAGCUAACCAUGAGUCCUGAGAGACGUCCCUACUGUCUGAUGCAUUGAAUAUGGGAAUCAUCAGAUAUCUGGAAUGAAGGGUUGGGCCAGAAUGCCCCCAUUGUAAACGUUAUUUAUUCAUGGACCCCCUGCUCCGCUGCAGCAGUUGAGGUAAAGAUGUAAGCUGGCGGUGGUCACCCCUAAUGGGCUCCCCACUGGGCUGGAAAAAAAUAAAAUAAUGAGAGUUUUAUUUCCUGAUGUUUAUAAGCUGUCUGUUUUGUUUGGCUUUUUGAAUGUGGAGAAUUAAUAUUAUUAAUAACGAAGUUCUAAAAGUCCUUUUUAUUUUGUCUGAGUACAGUUGUUUUUAUUGGCACACAUCAGGCUGAUAAUGUUAAGUGUGUGCGUGUGUGAGUGAAGCUUUUUUUUUUUUGGAAAGAUGGUGCAGUUAUUGUAAAACAGAAACUGUUUCCAGUCUUUUGAAUGGCCAUUUACUGCAAGAGUGUUAAUCAUUGUCACUGCUAUGAAAUUGGGUACAAAUUAUUAAAUGUAAAAAAAUAUAUAUAUAUCCCUCAAUCUUGUAUUAUAAGUUAAUAAAAACUUUCAAAUAAUAAAUCCUUGUGAUGGUCC